GACCUGAGCAUGCGGACGCUCAGCACACCAAGUCCAGCAUUAAUAUUUCCACCAAAUUCCCCUGGUUUUCAAAAUGGCAGAGGCUCGUCGACGUCUUCGUCCUCAGUCACUGGGGAAACUGUUGCCAUGGUCCACUCACCACCUCCAACCCGUCUCACACAUCCGCUCAUCCGGCUGGCAUCCAAGCACCAGAAGGAACAGGCCAACAUAGACCGGCUGCCCGACCACUCCAUGAUCCAGAUAUUCUCCUUCCUGCCCACCAACCAGCUGUGCCGCUGUGCCCGCGUGUGCCGCCGCUGGUACAACCUUGCCUGGGACCCCCGGCUUUGGAGGACUAUUCGCCUGACCGGCGAGACAAUCAACGUAGACAGGGCUCUUAAAGUGCUGACGCGGAGGCUUUGUCAGGAUACUCCCAACGUAUGUCUCAUGUUGGAGACGGUAAUUGUUAGUGGCUGCAGGCGGCUCACAGACAGAGGACUCUACACCAUUGCCCAGUGCUGUCCAGAACUGAGGAGACUGGAGGUGUCUGGCUGUUACAACAUAUCCAAUGAGGCAGUCUUUGAUGUCGUGUCACUGUGCCCAAACCUGGAACACCUGGAUGUGUCAGGCUGCUCCAAAGUAACAUGCAUCAGUUUGACCCGUGAAGCCUCCAUCAAGCUGUCUCCAUUACACGGGAAACAAAUCUCCAUUCGCUACUUGGACAUGACAGACUGCUUCGUCCUGGAGGAUGAAGGACUGCACACCAUUGCCGCUCACUGCACUCAGCUGACCCACCUGUACCUGCGCCGCUGUGUCCGCAUCACCGACGAGGGUCUCCGCUACCUGAUGAUUUACUGCACCUCCAUUAAGGAACUGAGUGUGAGCGACUGUCGCUUUGUCAGUGACUUCGGCAUGCGGGAGAUUGCCAAACUGGAGUCUCGUCUCCGAUACCUUAGCAUCGCUCACUGCGGCCGGAUCACAGACGUGGGCAUCCGCUACAUAGCCAAAUACUGCAGCAAGCUGCGCUACCUCAAUGCGCGGGGCUGCGAGGGCAUCACGGACCAUGGGGUGGAGUACCUCGCCAAAAAUUGCACAAAACUCAAAUCACUAGAUAUUGGCAAGUGCCCUCUGGUCUCAGACACCGGCCUGGAGUUUCUAGCCCUCAACUGCUUCAACCUGAAGCGUCUGAGCCUGAAAUCUUGUGAGAGCAUCACCGGGCAGGGCCUGCAGAUUGUAGCUGCCAACUGUUUUGACCUGCAGAUGUUGAACGUGCAGGACUGCGAUGUCUCUGUGGAUGCUCUGCGAUUUGUUAAACGACAUUGCAAGCGCUGUAUUAUAGAGCACACCAACCCUGCUUUCUUCUGA